GAGCAACUCACACAAGCAGAUUGAAAGGAACACUUAUUCAGGACCCAAACAGUCCUUCCAGGUGAAGCUGUGAUUUACAGUCAUUCAGCACAGAAGUCCCCCAUGGAGGAAGUAACUGUGACCGUACCAAGUGACAGCUUGCACAAUGACAACAACGAUCAUUGCCUUGGUGCCCAAUGUUCCUGCUCCAUCUAUGUAGAUUUUGAGAUACUGGACAGUUCAUUAAUAGUUAUGUACAUAUUAUUUUUUAUAGCAGGUCUGGUAGAGAAUGCCCUCGUCCUUUGGAUAAACUGGAAGAUAAAAAAGACCAAGAAAGAAAGCUACUUCUAUGUUUUUAAUUUAGCCGUUGCUGACAUGGGUGCAGUUUUAACCAUCCCAUUCAGGCUGAUGGAGAUCUCGCACAGUUACGAAUGGUUCUGGGGCAGCUUUCUGUGUAAACUUGAUGCCUUCCUGUAUUGUGUUAAUCUGUACAGCAGCACUUUUUUCUUAACCUAUAUGACCAUUGAGAGAUACCUCUCACUGCGAUACCCAGAUCAAGCUCUAGGAUCAAGGGACCGACGCAUCCGCUGGAUGGUGUGUGUGUGUUUGUGGACUCUUGCCGUAGUAUUAUCCAUACCUCAUUAUCUUCUUUAUGACGUUUUUGAAUCUUGGCAUACAUUUUGCUUCAUAGAUAGUAUCACCUCUUGGAAUAUUGCAAAUUUUUUUGUCACAAUUUGCGGGUUUGUUAUCCCCUUCCCCAUCAUCAUCGUGAGUAAUAUCUUCACUACAAAAGCCUCAAAAGCCUCCCAUAACACAGAAAGUAUUCGGCUCAGUAAAUUAAUAUCUGUUUAUAUCAUAGUGUUCAUGUUGUGUUGGUCACCUUUUUACAUAACCACAUUUAUUUCUGCAGUGGAUUGGUCCACAAACUGUAAUAUGGAGACUGUAAUUUCACUACUUCAUGAGUUGGGCAAGUGCUUCACCUUUUCUCACUGCGUCGUGAAUCCCAUCUUCUACAACUUCAUGCAAAAACAUUUCAUGUAUCAUUUAGAAACCAAUGUUGUGAAAUUCUUGCCCAAAAAAUAUGUCAAAGAAGUUGACAAUGUUUCCAUUUCUUCAGACACCAAACAAAUUGUGGUUAUUUCAUGAUUUAGCCCACUGAAAGAAAAAUGUAAUUCAUUCAGAGUUAUUGUAACAGAGCAUUUUCUUCUCUUGAUUCCUGUUUAGUGUCUGGUGGAAAAAGUUACAAUCGUCCAAUGCCCAGUAAGCAUUAAAUAAUUAUAUUAAAUUGUCUUAUUAAAAAUGUAAAGCAGCAAAGCUUGAGGGCUUACCAAAAGGAAUGUCCAAUUUUUUUUUUAUCAAACUGUGAUCCCUCUUAGUCUCAUUAAUUCAUGGAUAUUUAAAGGUGCCACUGCCAAACAAAAUAUUGAGGGAUCUUUUUUUAAAUUUGUUCAUCCAUGAAUUUGCAGUGCGGUGCCCAGAACAGCUUCUCCCCAAACCACCAGCCCACAAAAGUCAAACUAUAAGCACAAAUAUUGAAUUCUGGGGCUUUGUAGUUGGAUUAUUGUGGUUCAUAGGUUGAAGACCGGCACCAAUGCACUGAGCAUCUAGGUGGAAGCAUUCUGAUAUUUCAACAUGAUUUCCCUUAUCGUGGAUUCCCAGAGAUCCAGACAACAGGAGAGAAAACCGCAUGGGUGCUAUUCCUGGCUACCAAGUGGAUGCAGCUCUUCUUUUGGCAUUUUGGAACAGGAGGGCAUUGGGUAGGAAUCAGAGGAGUAAAACAAGGAAAGUAAAUACAAAAUAACCCAUGAUAUUUUGGCUCAGUUGAUCAUAUUCUCACUUGGAAGUUUGAAGGGUGUGGUAUGAGCACUAUGCCUAGUAUUUGAACACAUAAUCUAGGCUGAUUCUAAAAAGGUAAUGGUUGGUCAGGGCAUCAACAAUCUCAGCAAUGGUUAGAGAAGUCAAGAGUUUUGACUGGUGACCAUUCUGGUGUCCUGGUGAACACAAUUCCCUCAACCUACACUAUCUAAAUACAUUAACUGAUUAGGAUGCCGCUAUGCACAAAAGUAGCAACUGCAUUUGUCUUUAUAAUAAGUAAUUGCACUUACAAUACGUAUGAAAAAACAUCUUGAGAGCUGUGAUAAUGGCGCUAUUUUUAAAUGCAUAUCUUUCUUCUUGGCUUCAGUUCUAUCAGCCAUCAUUAGCCAUGUUGCAAUUGAUCUCAGCAACCUGAGUUAAGGGGCGGCAACCUACUUGCAGCUCAUUAUCACUUAGCGCACCACGCGUAGAUAAGAAGGCACUGAGAUUCUCCAUGACGUUUUGAGAAAGGUGUAAUAAAGCGCUUUCUGAGAUCAUCGUGAAAGCUCGUACCUGACAAACAGGUACGCGAGCAAUUUUAGAAUAAUAAUGUGCCAAAUGCACCAUGGAGUGGGGUGGCAAGUGGCUCAGAAUCUAAACGAUAAAGUAUUGCGAAUAUCGAGCAUAAUCUAUACAAAAGUGUUGUGAAUAUCGAGCAUAAUCCAUACAAUAAAAUGUUGUGAAUA